AUGGUAGGCCCCCUCCUUGCCCGCCCAGCGCACUUGCCGUAGGAUCCCACACUGAUACUUGAAACUGACUCUCACUGUGCAGUCCGUGACACUACACACCUCCCUAGGGGAGAUCAAGGUCAGUAUCGCACAGUCGAUCGCACGGUCGAGUCACGUGCACGUCGUCGACGAACGAUCCACUGCCCGUCGCACCUGGUCCUGAACUCUGCAUUAACCUUCAAACUACGUGGGUGUAAAUGGUAUCUACAGAUCGAAGUAUUCUGCGAAGCCGUACCUCAGACGGCAGAGGUACGUCCCCGCCAACUACUCAUUUCGUAUUUGCACCUCGAAGCUGAUUUACCUCGUUCUUCCCUCCUCCUCCUUCUCACAACGCACGCCGCUGCUACCCCUUCGUACGUGGUUCGGACUCGUAUAGAACUUUCUCGCCCUCGCCGCCUCGGGCCAAUACGAUGGUUGCUUAUUCCACCGGUACGUUCAACCCCCCGCAAGCUCACCCUCUCUUCUCUCCCCUCCCUCAAUCCACCCUCUAACGCCCUCCUCCCCUGUCAGCAACAUCAAAUCCUUCAUGAUCCAAACCGGUGACCCCACCGGAACAGGUAAAGGAGGACAAUCGAUCUACGGUAAACCUUUCGCGGACGAGGUUCGUUCGACGCUCAAAUUCAACGCGAGGGGGGUCGUCGCGAUGGCUAAUUCGGGUCCGGAUACGAACAAGUACGUUGUUGGGAGUGAUGGGGGUUUUGAUUGGGCGUUUUUGAGCUGAUCGGUCGUGGUUUGAUUUACAUUGCGGGUUCAUAGAGCGCAGUUCUUUAUUACUUGUCAGUUCCCGAACGCUUCGUUGAAAAAAAAACCAAGUCGUGCUGAUCCUCCUGCUUAUCUUGCAACCGAUCAACAGACGCGAAACAACCCCAUCUCGAUACCAAAUACUCAAUCUUUGGAAGGUAGGUCCAAUUCCCUACCUGGUCGUGAUUUCCUUUAGGAAAGAGGAGGAGUGGGGGAAAAAGGUGAAGCUUAGUCCACACUCGCGGAUGACGUUCACACUUGACUUUUGGAAAAAAAAACAAAAAAAACACAGGGUCAUCGAUGGUGUGGAUACGACUUUGGACGCGAUGGUAAACUUUGACCUUCACUCACCCCGCUGCUUGCUACUUCUGUAUACCCCAAUCUGAAUCCCAACACCCACUUUCACCCAACCACAGGAGCGCGUACCAGUGAAUGAAAAAAUGCGCCCGACGGUCCCUAUCAAAUUGGAACGAGUACGUCUACAACGUUCCCGAAUCUUCACGAACCCUUACGGAGAGAUUGAUCUUGAUCAGUCGGACUUGAUUUUGAAUAGGUGGAGGUACAUGCGAACCCUAUAG